AUGGCCGCCCCAACAGCACCUCGGGCCGCCGCUGCGCUCGCGCGGACGGCCGCCGCCGUCGCCUUGCGGUCCCGCGCAAUGACGACAAUGGCCCGCCGUGGCGGCCACGCCGCCCUGCGGCGGCAGGAGAGGAGCGCCGCGCCGACGGCGUGGCCCCGCGCCGCCCGGGACUGCCGGCGGUCGCUGGUGGCGGCGGGCCCCGGCUGCAUGCGGGCGUACUCGCAGCAGCAGCAGGCGGCCGAGAGCAAGAUCUGGGACUUUGAAGGGCUGCAAAAGCUCAUCUCGAAUCCAGACUCCAAGGUUGUCAUCGUCGACGCUCGCGAACCCGCCGAACUCGAGGCCACGGGACGCAUCCCCGGCGCCAUCAACAUCCCGAUCAAGUCCGCGCCCGACAGCUUCCACAUCGGCGAAGAGGAGUUCGAGGACAAGUUUGGCUUCCCCCGGCCGAGUCAGGAUCAGGAGCUCGUCUUCUACUGCAAGGCCGGCGUGCGCUCCCGGGCCGCCGCGGGACUCGCGCGGCAGAGUGGGUGGAAGAAUCUAGGAGAGUACCCUGGUAGUUGGGUUGACUGGGAGAGUCACGGCGGCAAGACGCAGAAAUAA